AUGGGGAGUAACGGAAUGGCGUCUGCAGAUCUCGCUGCUGCAGCUGGCAUGGACGGCUCAGAUUCAAGUACGAUUGAGGACGUGAAUGCAGCAACACAAGCAGCCGCUGCCAGCACUGGCGCUGCUCCUGGAGUGAGCAGUCAAGGGGACUUUCCUGCAGCAGUAGCAGGCGAUUUUAGGAGUGAUAGAAGCGUGUCAGGAGGCGGUGGUGGGAGAACGUGUGGAGCAGGGGAGAUGCAGCUUCACUUUGAUGGAUCAGCAGCAGACAGAGGCAGCAGCAGCACCACCAGCGGUGCCACAAGUAGCAAGAAGAGCUGCAGCAGCAGCAGCAGCAGCAGCAGCAGAAGCAGCAGCAGCAGCAAUGAAGGGGUUGGAACGCGGAGGGUGCAGGUGCAUGUGAUAUCAGCCAUCCUCGUGUCUCAGUCCGACUUCUUCAAAUCCCUCUUCUCACCGCAGUGGCGCCCCCCUCCUCCUCCUCUCCUCCUUUCUUCCCCUUCGUCUGAGUGUGCAAAGCCUGCACCGGUCACCAUCCGACUCGCACCUGAAGAGCAACAGCCCUUCAUGCAUCUGCUGCACUACCUGUACACGGGGCGCCUGGGCUCCGAUGAUCCCGAGGCUGUGCUGCAUCUGCUGCUGCUGGCGAAUAAAUUCUCCGUGCUGUCAUGCGUCGAUGUGUGCGCACACCACCUGAGGGAAGUGCCGCUGACUCUUGACAUCGCCUGCACGCUCCUCCGGGUCUGCUCCAACGUUGCUCUCUCUGAUGCUGCCACCUUCCUCCUUGCUUCAUCCUCAGCCUUCCUGGUGCAGCACUUCACCUCCCUCGACGCCACCUGGCAGACGCCCGAAUUCCUCUCUCUGCCCCUCGAGGCCCUGCAAGCCCUGCUGGGGAGCGACGAUGUGGGAGUGCAGGCAGAGGAGACGGUUCUUGAAGCGUGCCUGCACUGGGUGCGCCACCACUGGCCUGACGACCUUAUGAGACGCAAGGAAAUGCUGGGAAGGCUGGCAGGCAGCAUUCGUUUUCCAGCAAUGGCAACCUCAGCACUGUACGCUCUCAUCACCACCACACCAGAAGCCGACUCCCCCGCCCUCCACGCGCUCGUCACAGAGGCCCUCUGGUUCAAAUGCUCCCCGUUUGAACGCCAGCAACAGCUAAUUCUGGACUCGAUUCAGCAGCAGCACAGGCGGUACCAGCGCCGGCGCCAGCUGUCCGUCUGUAGCGAGGUGCUGCUGCAGGAUUGUUACAUGCUACAGCCGGGGCAGGCGAUAAUGCUGGCAGGAGGAGCAUGGCUGCACGGCAAGCUCUUCUCUCUAAAGGUCAUGCGGGUGGCGGCACCUGUUGGCGGGUCAGACUUCGGCCUCUUCCUCCAAGCUUCCCAGCUCUGCCGUGGUUACCUAUUUACCCUUUCCCUCGCCCCUUCCGAUCUCUCCCCGCAGAGGAGCCCCACGCACGACAGGGUGUUGGACGACAGUGUGACCAUCGAGUUCACCUUCCUUGUAAAAGAGCACCCCUCAGGCCAGUUCAUGCAGCAGAAGCAGACCGCGUCGCACACCUUCAAAGGGCUGUUUCGGGAGCGCGGUUACCGCAGCCUGCUCAACCCCUGGAGUGAGGUGGUGAGGGACAAUGGCAAGUAUUUUAGAAACGGGGUGAUGCAUUUGAGGGCGGACCUGAGGGUGCUGCAGCUGGGGGAGGGGUUGGCACCGUUUGACUGA